AUGGCAGGCAAAACCAAGCACAAUGCGCGUAUGAUACCAUGGCUUUACGACUUUGUGCUUUGGGCAAUGUCUGUACUGGUUGACUUAUUCUUCAGGGAGGUUCAUCCGCGAGGGGCAUGGAAAGUGCCACGGCAGGGUCCCAUCAUUCUCGUCGCGGCUCCUCAUGCGAAUCAGUUCGUCGAUUCCCUUAUCCUAAUGCGAAUCAUGAAACAAGAGGCGAAGCGCCGGAUAUCAUACCUGAUUGCGGAGAAGUCUACCAAGAGAAAGUUUAUUGGGACACUGUCUACUGGCAUUGGCGCGAUACCAGUCGGUCGGGCUCUAGACAAGGUCAAAACUGUACAAGGGAAGGUUUUCCUGCCAGAUCAGGACUCUGAUCCAACCUUGUUACGGGGAAUCGACACAAAUUUCCAGAAGGACUGCGAGCUUGGUGGACUGAUAGUGCUGCCCAAGGUUGGAAAUCAGACACCGAGUACAGAAAUUGCAGAGAUCAUCUCGCCGACUGAACUGCGUUUGAAGAAGCCUUUUAAGACAAGGGAAGCUAUCGAUAUGCUUACUGAAACCAAUGCUUUGAACCAGGGCGACGACACAAAGACCAAGGGCACAUCUUUCAAAGUAGCUCCGUUCGUUGAUCAAUCAAAAGUCUACGAGGAAGUUUUCGAUGAGCUCUCGGCAGGGGGCUGUAUCGGUAUCUUCCCCGAAGGUGGUAGCCAUGAUCGACCUGAUCUGCUGCCACUGAAAGCUGGUGUUGCAAUCAUGGCAUUGGGCGCGUUGGCAAAGGAUCCUGAUUGCGAUGUCAAAAUCAUCCCAGUUGGCAUGAAUUACUUUAACGCCAAUAAAUUCCGGUCACGAGCAGUAAUCGAGUUUGGCCACCCUAUUGAAGUCCACCCUGAGCAAGUUGCAAAAUACAAAGCAGGCGACCGUAGAAACGCGGUUGGUUCCUUACUUGAGACUGUCUUCCAGGGUUUGCUUUCCGUUACCCAAUCUAGCCCAGACUAUGACACACUCAUGUUGGCACAAGCUGCCAGAAGGCUCUACAAUCCUCACGGGAAAAAGCUGCCACUCCCUGUGGUGGUAGAACUGAAUCGUCGGCUCAUUCAAGGCUACACAAAGUACAAAGAUGACCCUCGAGUGAUCGGGUUGAGGAAGGAUGUCCUGGAAUACAACCGCCGCUUAAGGACGCUUCACGUGGCAGAUCAUCAAGUCCAGUGGGGCAACGUAAAGGAACGUCCAUGGUACUACAUUCUCGGUGUCCUGCUGUACCGCCUGGGUGAGCUACUAGUACUCUUUGCCGGGACUCUGCCAGGCCUGGCUAUGUUUUGGCCUGUCUUUGUCGUCACCAAGGUCAUCUCUGUCAAAAAGCAGAGGGAAGCACUGGCAGCGUCCACGGUGAAGCUGCAAGGCCGAGAUGUCGUCACAACCUGGAAAUUGCUCGUCGCAAUGGCAUUCACCCCGGCUCUCUAUAUCUAUUACAUGGCCAUCAUCACCGCAUGGCUAGCAUACAACAGGAAUGAUGGCUACUACACAUAUCGAGUUCCUUGGUGGAUGAGAACCAGGAGCUACGUGCCUGAUUGGGUGCCCCUCAAGUUGUUUGCUGUCUGUUCUUUGGCUUUGUACGUUGCACUCACAUUCGCUGCGUUGAGGAUUGGAGAGAUCGGCAUGGACGUCCUCAAGUCACUGCCACCACUUUUUGCUGCUCUUGAUCCUCGCUCCGCAGGCGCCCUAGCAAAAGUACGAUUGCGGCGAGAGGCACUAGCAAAGAAAGUUACAGAUCUGGUCAACGAGUUAGGACCUGAGGUAUAUCCUGACUUCGAUGCCAACAGGAUAGUAGCCGAUCCUUACAAGGAGGGCGCGUAUCAGUCAAAGUACAGGGAGCUGCCUGACAACGUAAAGAUAGAUGAGGCCACAGAACCAUCAACACCCACGUCCCUAAACUUUGAGGAUAAAGAACCUAGAACACCGACUGGGAAGUCCUUCGGACUGCUUCCGAAGAACGCAGAUUUUGCUGAUAUCGGGUCGUUCGGUUUCUUCGCCUCGAGGCCGCAUACGCCAAAGUCUCGGAGUCGUAGUAGCUCCGCUGGAGGGGCUCUGAAUAGCAGGGACAACGGCAUGAAGGCUUUUAGUAGCAUCGACUCGAAAGUAAGCAUGGAUGAGGUUAGCAAACGCAUUAGGGGAGCCAUGAAAGAACGAGGUCGCAAACGGGAAAGUGAAGGUGAGACUACGGAAGGUAGUUGGGACAUGGCGGAUAGUGACGACGAGGAAGCAAAAAAGCAGAAGUGA